AGGUAGUCCGCCAUAUUCCCAGUUUAUGAGGAAAAUUCGGGAAAUAAGGAAGUCCAUGGGGCCCACCUUCCAGCAGAGUCUCAUAUAGGUGAGGGAGUGGCCACCUGCCACCUCUUGCUCGAUAACAGUGUGACAGAACUGAAGAACCUUCAGGCCGGACUCUCCGCGAGGAGUUACACUUUCUGUCAAGUUUUUACUCUGAGAGGAAUUAAAUCAGAAUCAGAUACUGUACAUUUCUAACAAAACACUGGAGUCCAGAGAGGGUAGACUGGCAGCAGUAAUAUGAGGGAAUAACUCCUAAUCUGGACAGAUGUUUGGGAUGACGUGGAUAUGAUGGUGCUUAAUCAGCCUUGAAAAUGUAUGAGGUGAUGUCCGGUGACACCCUGUCCUGGAAGGUGCUGACUUCAAGCCAAAGCAGCACAGAGUCCACCCCCGAAUCGCACUUUACUGGGGACGGAGGGCCUACCAAGAUCCUCAAAGUGUGCUUCUGCACCAACAACACCUUGGGCAAGAACUUCAAACUGGUUAAAUGUGACAGCUCUUGGCAAAUUAGGGCUAUCAUUCGUUCGAUUCUGAUCAGUGGUCGAUUGGGGCCGAACAUUGAACACACAGGAUGCUACGGCCUCCUGCUGAAGCACCUGAAGUCAGAUGAACUUCACUGGCUGCAUCCAGAUCUGACUGUCAGCGAGGUGGAGCAACGCUACGAGAGCCAUCAUGUUGAAGCUGAGUGGAGGUAUGACCUUCGUGUCAGAUAUGUUCCUGUCGAUUUCGUGGAAAAAUUCAAAGAUGACCGAUCUACGUUAGUGUAUUUUUACCAACAGGUGCGUAGUGAUUACAUGCAGUAUCAUGCCUCUAAGGUCAGUGAUGGGAUGGCGCUGCAGCUGGGCUGUUUGGAGAUAAGGAGGUUCUACAAAGACAUGAAUGCAAAAGGUCUCGAGAAGAAGUCCAACUUUGAGCUGCUAGAAAAAGACGUGGGCCUGGACCUCUUCUUUCCUAAACAGCUGAUUAACAGCAUGAAGCCAAAGCCGCUACGGAAGUUGAUCCAGCAAACGUUUCAACAGUACGCAACACUCAAGGAGGACGACUGCAUUAUCAAGUUUUUUGAGACCCUCAAAGACUUCAUCAACUACGAUGAAGAGGUUUUCCCAUGUGAACUAGUGCAAGGUUGGAGUCUUGCAGUGGAGCUGGUCAUUGGUGGGAGGGGGAUUCGCCAACGCACACACAAGAAUUCAGCGCCUGUUUUUCUAGCCGACUUCAAACAGAUCAAGAAAAUACAAUGCUUAUCUCAGAGCGACGGCAAGGCUCUCAUAGACCUCAACAUAGAGGGGGCCAGACAACGUCUAUCAAUCAAUGUGGCCACAGUCCCUAUGGCAGAGAACAUGAUGGACCUUAUUGAUGGCUACUGCCGCUUGGAAACUGACACAGAUGAUACUGUCAUCUACCGACCAAAUAGAGAUGCCAAUGCACGGAAUUCCCUACCUGAGAUUCCUACAGACAGAGACACCAGCUCGGUCAGACACAGCAUGGGGUCAGAAAUCUAUUGUGAGAUUCUCGAUGAAAGGCCCAAAUCAGUUAUUAAGUACGGGAUCAACCGAAGUGACAUUGUUCUCGGCCGAAUCCUUGGUGAGGGUUUUUUCGGGGAAGUCUACGAUGGAGUUUACAAAAAGGGUAAUGGCGAGAAGAUUAACGUGGCAGUGAAGACCUGCAAAGACUGUUCACCUGAUGUGAUGGAGAAGUUCAUGAGUGAAGCAGUAAUUAUGAAGAACCUCAAUCAUCAGAACAUUGUCAAACUGAUUGGAAUCAUAGAGGACGACCCUGUGUGGAUCGUCAUGGAGCUUUAUCAGUAUGGAGAGCUCGGGAACUACCUAACUCAGAACCAGAACAAGCUGACAAAUAUAACUCUGGUGCUGUUCAGCCUGCAGAUCUGCAAAGCUCUUGUCUACCUUGAAGGGGUCAACAUGGUGCACAGAGACAUUGCGGUUCGGAAUGUGUUAGUCGCCAGUCCAGACUGUGUGAAGCUCGGAGACUUUGGUCUGUCGAGAUACAUUGAGCAUGAAGAAUAUUACAAAGCAUCUGUUACUCGCUUGCCAAUCAAGUGGAUGGCUCCGGAAUCCAUCAACUUCAGACGUUUCACCACAGCCAGUGAUGUCUGGAUGUUUGCUGUAUGUAUGUGGGAGAUAAUGAGUGUUGGACAGCAGCCGUUUUUCUGGCUUGAGAACAGAGAUGUGAUCAACCAACUGGAGCAGGGAAUCAGGCUACCCAAGCCGGACAACUGUCCUCCUGCCCUCUAUUCACUCAUGACGCGCUGCUGGUCCUACGACCCCAGAGAGAGACCCAACUUCACCGAGCUGGUGGUCAAGAUCAGUGAUGUCCACAAGAUGGAGAAGGAGCAGGAAGCGGAGAGAGAGAGGGACAGAGCGCGCACCACAAAAUUAUUUGACACCAAGUUCAACUUCAACGAGCCUCCUCCCAAGCCUUCAAGAACGCAACCUGGGCGCUUUGGGAACAUGCUCAGUAUUGGUCUACACAAUCAGCUGAACGAGGCUUUGUGUGCCAGCUCACCUGACCUGGCCAGCCCAUGUGAUUACCAGUCCCCCGCCGACUCCAUGAGCAGUCUCACGUUGCCAUCCUUCUCCUCUCGACCUCGAAGCAUGGCGGAGGGCGACUUUCUUCGAGUGGAACCGAAAAGCAGGGAGGACGCCACGGUCCUGUGGCAGAGGGAGAGACAGCACAUGCAGAACACUCUCCGCCAGCAGAAAGAAGACAUGAUGGAGGAUAAAAAGUGGCUGAAAGAGGAGGAGAGACUCCUGGACCCCAUGGGACCAGAGGACGCUGCCGGCCCAGCGUCCCCUGAAGCUGACGCACAGAAUGCACCUCCAGAAAAGCCCCCACGGCUCACAGCACAGCCUGCACCCACAGCUGAGCUGGACCGCUCUGACGACAAAGUGUACCAAUAUGUCAUGGAACUGGUCAAAGUUGUUGUCCAACUCAAGAAUGACAUCACUGAUUCACCCCCGGAAAAAUAUAUCACCGUUGUCAAGUCUGUUGGGAUGGCUUUACGAGAUCUGAUUCGCAGCGUGGAUGACAUACUGCCCACCUUACACAAGUCUGUCAGGACUGAGAUCGAGGGCACCCAGAAGCUGCUGAACCAUGACAUGGCGGAGCUGAUCAACAAAAUGCGGAUGGCCCAGCAGAAUUCCAUCACCUCGUUGAAGGAGGAGUGUCAGAAACAGAUGCUGGCUGCAGCACACACUCUGGCUAUGGACAGCAAGAACAUGUUGGAUGCUGUGGACCAAGCCAGAGUUAGGGCCAAUUUAGCCAAGCCAGUGGUCCUCUAGUGGACUAUAAGCCCUCUUAUUCAGUUUAGACAUCAAGCUGAUGAUUCACAACUACUGAGCAUUAACAUUUGCACAGUUAAGCAUUUUUGUUUUGAUCAAACUGCUUAAAAUAUAUUAUACCUGUAAAUGUGUUUUAAAGCUGGGGUAGGCAUUUUUCUGAAAAAGGCAAAAAAACCGCCAGAAUAUGAAAAUACGGGCUCUCAGUCCUAAGCCCCUCCCACCAGACAGGCACGGGCAUACACACGCACUUAAUACAGUAACCUGUACGAGUACUAGUCAUUAAUUUCAAUCAUCCCAAUCUGAUCCUGAUCCCAGUAGCGUUAUACGGUUGUAAACUUGUGGGCUUGUAAAGCCCUUUGAGAUGACAUACUGUGAUUAGAGGCGCUAGACAGAUACAUAAACAUGAACUUCUAUCAGCCUAUAUAUAGCUGUGAGCCUUUAGCAACAGUUAGCAGAAGGCUAAACUGUUAGCAACAUUUUCUCUCCAUCUCAGAAGUGCUUCACCAAUAUUGACCGUUUAUUGUCAUUGACUCUCUUUUACAGAAGUCUGUCAUCUUUUUUUGGGUUGCUUUGCAGCGUAGGCAGUUGUUGCCAAUGCUUAAAUAGCAACUUUUUCUGCAGGUUUUUCGCCAUUGAAUCAGGCUUUUACCAUCUAAAGGGACGUGCACAUGCAUCUGCAUUUGUAGAAUAGCCAAUAGGAACGGCCUCAUUCUGAAAUGACCUAUGAUUGACCAAAGUCUCCCGUCACCGGCUCAACCCAAAAAUAAGUGCAUGAGUCUAGUUUUCUGUCAGACUACUUCAAUUACAAUAUGCUGAAAGUUUAUUAUGGAAUUUUUAUACAUUUUUAUAAAUUUAAAUAUGAUGCUAUUGGCAUCAUAUUUACGAUGCCGUCAUUUUAGACAAAUUUCCACUACAUUUAAUGUAAACUUCUCUUUUGUGAUAGGUGAGAUAUUGACGUAAAUAUCUGCUCAGAAAUUGAUUUAUCCUUGUAAAUAUAAAAUGUGUCUUUGGGCAAGAACAAUUGCCGAGAAAAAGAAAAAGAAAUAAUGCAAAUUAAAACAAGUAAAUGAUUUACUCUUUCAAACCUGUCAACAGUGAAAUGCCAAUUUAAAAAAACAAAUACAGUAUAUAUCUCAAGUUUGACUAUGAUGCAUUAUAUUGAAAUUAUUAGAUGAAGACUACAAUGGUAUGUAUAAUGGAUUGUCAGAUAUGUGUCAGGUACUCUUAAAAGAAAGAUUUUUGUAUUAUGUCUAUUAUUAUAAAAUAUGAAAUUCUAGCACGUAGAUCAAGUGAUAUAAAAAUAAAUAUCAUGAUGUAUACUACUA